GCAGGCGCAGAGGAGGCGUUCCACGCAGCUGGUCGAGACAGCUGGAGGGGUGGGCAGAGCGAGCCGCGGCUUAAGCCCCGGGGGAGGAGGGGCUCCUCUGCCUGACCCCCGGCCUGUCUCGGUAGGGGCGCGAGUUCGGAGAUGUGGUGAGAGCGCUGGCCAUGGCUGCGCCCCAAGAGCUCGCCUUCCACGAAUUUGAGGAGGCUGCCGACCUGCUGGCUGAGACACCAGGGGCUGCCACCAUCUGCAGCCUUGGGGAACUGCAGGGCCAUGUGAGCCUGGCUGGGGACACAGAGGACCAAGAAGAUGGAGAAAUGGAGAAUGAUCAGACCCAGCUGCUGGGGGGUGAGAAACAACCUCCGAAUUUCUGGACCUUCGGCUACCACCAGUCUUUCUUUGAUGUGGAUACCCAUCAGGUGCUGGAGAGGAUCAAAAGUUCACUGUUGCCAGUACCUAGUCAGAACUUUGUGAGACACUGUCUUCGUCAUCAUCCAGAUCUGUAUGGGCCUUUCUGGAUAUGUGCUACACUGGCUUUCACGCUGGCUGUGAGCAGCAAUCUGGCCACCCUGCUGCAGAACUGGGGAGAUUCUUCCUUUUCUUAUAGCCCACAGUUUCAUAAAGUUACUGUUGCAGGGAUCACCAUUUACUGCUACGCCUGGCUGGUACCAACAGCACUAUGGGGCUUCCUGCAGUGGCGAAAGGGGGUCAGAGACUCUGUUGGCUGCUAUACCUUUCUGGAGAUUGUGUGUGUCUAUGGAUACUCCCUCUUCAUCUACAUCCCAACUGUGGUCUUAUGGCUGAUCCCCAUCUCAGGGCUUCAGUGGUUUCUUGGGGUCUUGGCUGUGUCACUAUCAGGGGCUGUGCUUUUGCUCACCUUCUGGCCUCUUCUCCGCUCAGACACCAAGGUGGUAUCAGCAGUGCUGCUUACAGUCAUGGUUGCCCUCCAUGCCCUCCUGGCCAUCGGCUGCAAGUUCUAUUUUUUCCAGUCCCUGCCUUCAAGGUCCAUUCCUGUGCCCCAAGCCCCACUCCACCAGGUCACACUACCUGGCUACUCCAAAACUUCUGCAGUCCCCUAGAAGAACAGAGCUGGGGAAGCUGACAGACCAAGUACCAUUAUUCAUCCUGGAGGAGAAACAACCAGAGCAGGGUUCCCCUGCCAGGUGGUCAUCAGGUGAUCUCCAAAGGAAGGAAGGAGCCAUCCGGAGCUGAGUCACUGUGUUCAUUCUGCUGGUUUGAAGACAUUUCUUACAAAUCAAAAAGUUUAUUUUUUAUGCAAAGGUGAUUUAAAGAGACUAUAUAAAAAUGGGACUUCUCCUCA